AUGAACACGGACUUCUCGCCCUCAACCAUAGUCUCGGCACUCCCUCUGCUCUUCGGAGUGACCGGCACGAGCAUUGGCAUCUAUAGCUUCGUAUCGCCAUACAACGCAAUUCGUCUCUUUGGUCUUCAGAAUUCGGCUACCGAAAAGACUACUACCUCUUCGCAUUCUGAGGCCUUUCAGAAAUCUCUCAUCUACGCAUCUGGUCUACGAAAUAUCGGCACAGGUCUCAGCACGCUCGGCCUGUACGCCUUCUGGCAAUUCUCACCUAUCUGCCAGGUUAGCCCAUUGGCUGCCGCAAUCACCAAGAAAUGCAUGGGUAUCUGCUUCAUGUGUGGAACAUUCGUUGGCAUUGGCGAUGCUGUUAUUGUACGGCAAUUCGCCAACAAGGAUUACGUCAAAGGGGAGAGUGAGGACAAGGCUACGAAGGCCAGUAUCAGUCAUGCUGUGACUGGUGUUCUUAUUCUCGCAACAGGCCUUUUCUUGUAUCUUUGA